UGGGCAUAGAUAAAAUGAUGUGGGUAAUAAUCAUAUAAAUUCAUAACCUUUGAUCAUCAUAGAUAAGUAUAAUAAGGUGUUGAUCUAAAGAUUUGAUUUUGAAGUAGAAAUCACUAAAAUUUGUGUUCUAUAUUAUUUUUAUUACUUACCAUUAUGCUCGGGUAUUCAAAUGCUGGAAUUCCAGAUAAGUCCUGGCAACCACCAAUUGCUGUACUGGAAACCACAAUGGGCACAAUCACAGUCGAAAUGUAUUGGAAACAUACACCACUUACAUGCAAAAAUUUUAUGGAACUAGUUAGAAGAGGUUACUAUAAUAACACAAAAUUUCACAGAAUUAUAAGAGAUUUUAUGAUUCAAGGUGGAGAUCAUACUGGAACUGGCAAAGGAGGACAAUCAAUCUAUGGACCUACAUUCGAUGAUGAAAUAAGUUCUAGCUUAAAGCACACAGGUGCAGGUAUAUUGUCAAUGGCGAAUGCUGGUCCUAAUACAAAUGGAUCUCAAUUUUUUAUAACAUUAGCCCCAACACAGUGGCUCGAUGGUAAACACACAAUAUUUGGAAGAGUUCAAAGUGGAAUGGGUGUUGUAAAGAGGAUAGGUUUGGUAGAGUGUGACAAAAAUGAUUGUCCUGUUGAUGAUGUUAAAAUUGAAAGGGCUUACAUACCUAAAUAAAAAAUUAUUACUUAAA